AUGACUGACACCACGCCGAACCAUGGCCCAGCCCUGGAACGGGGCAUCUGGGUCGCGGUGAUCAUUGCCGCGCUGAUCGUAAUUCUCCGCGUCUUCGCGAAAAUCAAGAUCAACCGCUUCAACGUGGACGAUGUCUUGAUGAUCAUCGCAUCGAUCUCGGCAAUUGCCUCAACCGUUUUCUUAACGCUCUCCGUUCAGCACGGCUUUGGGAAGCCCCUCGGCGAUCCAUUCACCCAUGACACCUCGCUGGUGUUGAAGUAUAUCGCCAUUCAGAUCCCCAUCGUCACCCUGAGCACUACCAUCGCCCGAACGUCCUUUAUCAUAUACCUGGUCGCGGUGCUCGGGACGAAGAAGGCAUACCAGAUCUCACUAUGGAUUGUGUUGGCGAUUCAACUGGCCGGAAACAUUGCGUCGGCGGUGCUCCCGCUGAGCAUCUGCAAGAAUGUCAAUAUCCUGUGGGAUCCCACCGUCAAGACCACCUGCGGUGAUGAUGCGGCUGUGAUCAAAUUUGCCUAUUUCUCCAACACGUUCAACUCGGCCACCGACUUGUUCCUGGCCGUCUUCCCGACCGUGGUCUUCUGGAACCUCAACCUAAAGCUCCGGAUCAAAAUCAGUCUGAUCGUGCUUCUCAGCUUGGGCAUUGUCGCAAUGGUCGCCUCAAUCAUCAAAACCACCAAACUUGACACCCUCCCCAGCAUCACCAACCUAGGCACAACAGGCGGCAUCGAGCUCAUCCGCUGGGGCUACGUCGAAAACGCAAUCAUUAUCAUCACGUCCUCGAUCCCCUGCAUCCGACCGCUGAUCAUCUCCUCCGUCCGCAAAUUUUCCAGUAUCACGCGUUCCUACGAGCUGAGCCACCGCCAAACAGCCCAGAAUGAUAAUACGCAAUCGCGCAAGAUCCGCAGCAAUCUCAGCAACUUGAAACGGCCGCGCGACGUGGAGCAUGGCAGUGUCGACCGCAUCUUAGAACAGAGUCAAACGACGCAUAGCGGUACCUUUUUCUCGAGUGAGCCUGAGUCCCCGCGCGGUGUGCAUCCGAGUAUUAUGAAGCAGGUUGAUAUUGAGGUGAUUUCUGAUGAUGAAGCUUCAAGAUCCGAUACCACGCGCCGUACAUGA